AUGGAGAACGAAGUUUGCGAUAUUUGGUAAGUUUAAUGUAGUGGAAAAGAAAUUCCUAUUCAAUCAAUCUCGCUCCACAAGAUCCACUGUGAAAGAAAUACCAUAAAAUGCUCAUUAUGCGGCCAGCCUAUAUCAAAAUCAGAAAAAGAGGAGCAUGACAAAACCGUUCAUGCGCCUAAACCCUGCCCACAUUGCUUUAUGCAAUUUGAAACAAGGUUUUUUGAUCAGCAUGUCUGUCCUAAAGCCCCUAAAUUUUGCCAGUUUUGUGAAGGAUCAAUCCCUAAUGACGAAUAUAAUGACCAUUAUGAAAUGUGCGCAAAUAGGACUGAGAUGUGUCCUACAUGCAAAAAAUAUAUCCCAUUGAAAAAUUAUCAAAAACAUAUAGAGGAGAAGACCUGCUUGAAAAAAAUACUGGAAGAGGAAAAAAAGAUUGUGGAUCAGAAGAGAAAAGAAGAGUAUCAAGAAUGAAAAAAUGAGGGAAAAAUUGUGCAAAAUAGGCCAAAGCAGCGUGUUGAGAAUAAAGAAAUACAGAACAAAGGGAAACAAGAAAUUCAGCCAAGAGCUAGAGGUGGGUAUAGGAUGCCUGAUGCAGAGAAUGCGAAGGAAGAUGCAAAGGCAAAUAGGGAAAAUCAAGGCCAGCAACAAAAUCCGAUAAGGGAAAAUCCAAAACCGAAAUUAAUAAAUAAUAGAGAGGCUCAGAGGCAGCCUAAUGCUAGAGUUAACAGAGAAAAUCCACAGCAGCCAAAUGCUCUAAAUAGAGAAAACCCAAGACAGCCUAAUCUUAUCAAAAACAGAGAAAACCCACGCCAACCAAACGCUAGAGAUAAUCCAAGGCAGCCAAAUGCGAUAAACAGAGAAAAGCCAAGAGAUCCAGCUGCUGGACAAAGAGAAAUCCAAAAACCCCCUCAAAGAUUUAAUCCAAACCAAAAUGCUAGACCUAAUCCUAACAAUCGAGCUGGGCAGAUCCGUCCGAAUUCUGGAAGGGGCCAACCAGCAAGAAGAGAAAAUCCAGCACAUAAAGAGCCGGCAAAUCAUUAUCAAAGACCAGCAAAUCAAAGGCAAGACAGACAAGCGGGAAAUAGGCAGCAGAGGGACGAAGAGUUAGCAAGGCAGUUCUAUGACGAAGAAUUAGUAAGAAAUGAGUGGGAACAGCCUGCUUAUGAACAAGAUUACCCAGAGCACAAUUAUUUUUCACAUGAAGAUGGACAAGUGGAAGAAGAUAUCCUCAGACAAAUUAUUGAGCAAUCCAAGCAAGAAUUCGAAGGCAUUUCUCCUGAUGAACAGAUAUUAAAUGCAGCUAUUUUAGAGAGUAUGAAAAAUCAUUAA